UAACGUUUGUCGCACAUAAGAUAAUACAAAUAACUGGAUUAAAUUAUAUAGUUUUAGAAAAAAACUUUUCUUACUUUUGUAUUAAAACUUGAAUAAGAGAAAAAUGAACCAACUAAAUGAAAUAACAGAUGAGGCUUUUAUUCCGUUCUUACACAGUUUAGGUGUUGAGACUUACAAGAAAUCCUUCGAAUGGAUGUUAAACGACCCCGAUUUUUCAGAUGUUUUGAGGUGGAUUUAUAAAAAUUUAGAUGCAAAUAAUGCAUUAAGUGCCAGAGAAGAAUGCAGAUACUUGGAACUCGAGAGAAACGGUAUGCUUCUGCCCAUAGAAGAAUUAGAGAAAACGGUUGAAGAAAUUCAGAAAGAAUUUGAAGGCAUUUGCCUACCUGGGGAUUUAGAUGCUAUUGAAGAUGCACAGUUUAAUAUAAAGAUGCAAAACGAACGACUAGAUUUAUUGGAAAAACAAGAAGAAACAAUCAAAGAUAUGAUCAGACAUAAUGAAACAACCAAAGAGGCAUUACACAAAGACACCACAAAACUCCGAGCAGCUGAACAGCAAUGCACUGAAGAUGGUGCUAACCUCGGCCAGGACUGCUUGCGGCUAGCUGAGGAAGUGGACAGCAUAACAAAUGAAGUUAUGGAUACUGUUAAUGAGGCCCUAGAUGUGUAUGGCAAUUGUCAUGUGGAUAAGGAAAUAUCUAAGAGGUUCCUUGCAUAUGGUCCCUUUGAACCAUAUAGGCAAUCACAAGCACUAUUUAGGUCACAUUUUGACCUAUAUGUUACCAAAAAGCUUAAACACAGUGAUAUUUUAAAGGAAGAAAACUUACGCUCAGCACAUUUCUUAGAAGCUAAGAAUAUGGAGGCUAGAUUAUUAGACGCCAUAUUGGCCUAUGUGGAAACAAAAGCGGAGCUGUGUGGGGAACAAGCGAAAUUGGCCCUUGUCGCCAAUUAUAAUAACGUGCAUCCCAGUCAAAUUACAAUGUAUGCAAUGGAAGCACAGAGCGCAAUAGAUUUGCUUGAACAAGAGGAAUCUAUUCUGGACCAGCAGUUGCAAGAUGCGGCCAAACAGCUGGUGGACAGACGGACAAACUUGGCUGAUGAAACUACUGCUAAAUCUGCAUUAGCUGUUAGAUUGCAGAUCCAGCAUGAUCUCAAGUAUCUGCAUGAUAUAACACAGCAGGCGCUAUCGUUGGAUAGGCUGCUAUACUGCGCGCUACGACGAGAGCUCGGCUCUGUAGAGGAGCUGCUCCACUUUGCCGCUCAUCUGAGGUCCUUUGUGAUGCAGGAGGAGGAGGCUGUGUUGAGCAGAAUCCAAUCAAUGAACAAUAUAUGCAUGGAACAAGAUCAAACAUACAGACAAAUAGUGUUAACUGACCCACUUUUAAACUUUCUGUGUUCAAUACUCGGCGUGGAGAAAGAUGCUGGGGCUUUGGUGAAGGGUUACUCCGAAUUGAGGAGAAGCAUAUAUGAGCUGUACGAUAAUAUAGUGGAUGGGCUGGUGAAGAAGGAAAAUGAUUUACAUCAAUUUAAAAAGCAGCAAGUCACAUUAAGCCGCUACAUAUGGGACGGCUGCAGCAAGCAGGCGAAUUGCUACAACACCAGUGUCUCCAGCAUGAUGCACGCGUUAGUGCAGGAAUUGGCUGAUGUAGAUUCCAAUGUUACACUGACGAGUGGACAAUUUAGUUCUGUGAAGAAUGGCGAUAAGAAUAAUCUUCGGAAACUGUGGCAAUGGUUUUUGACUGAUCCGGCCAAAUUGAUGUCGGCUAUGAGAAACUUAAGGAUUGAUAAGUGAGCUAAGAUACUUUUGUAACUAUUUUAAUAUAAUGUA